AUGGGCAAUUAUAUUGAACAGACCAGCACAGAUUUAGUUGGGACACCCUUAUUUGUUGCAUCUGAACUUGCCAAGGAAUUCAAAGAUAGAAUUGUGAUGUUUACAACAGAUAAUGAUAGUGAUUGUGAUACUGCUCAAUAUGAAUAUGACAAAUUUAUUGAUAUCUGGUCAUUUGGGAUAGUAAAUUACUAUAUGCUGUUAAAAAAAUAUCCUUGGAGUGUUAAAAAUCAUGUUAAAGGAGUGGAA